AUCACAAUUUCUUCUCCAUCACUUAAGCACUACUACUCCCUACUCUCACACACAUGGAUUUCACUUCUGUGUUUCUGCCUCUUUCUUUCUUUGUUUUCAUUUUCUUUCUCUUCCAGUCUCUUCUCAACUUCUUCUUUCCUAAUCGAGGAAAUCUCCCUCUCCCUCCUGGCUCGUUAGGCUGGCCAUAUGUCGGUGAAACCUUCCAGCUCUACUCUAAAAACCCAAAUGUAUUCUUUGCCGCAAAGCAGAAGAGGUAUGGGUCGAUAUUCAAGACCCACAUCUUGGGAUGUCCUUGUGUGAUGAUUUCGAGCCCAGAGGCGGCUAAGUUUGUGUUGGUAACUAGGGCUCAUCUGUUUAAGCCAACGUUUCCGGCCAGUAAAGAGAGGAUGUUGGGGAAACAGGCCAUCUUCUUUCACCAAGGAGACUACCAUGCUAAAUUGAGGAAGCUUGUUCUGCGUGCCUUCAUGCCUGAGGCCAUCAAGAACAUAGUCUCUGAUGUUGAAUCCAUCGCCAAUGAUACCCUCCAGUCGUUGGAAGGAAGAUUGAUCACUACUUUCCAAGAAAUGAAAACGUACACAUUCAAUGUUGCUCUACUUUCUAUAUUUGGAAAGGAAGAAGUGCUGUACAGAGAAGAUCUGAAGAGGUGCUACUACAUUCUGGAGCAAGGGUACAAUUCAAUGCCCAUUAACCUUCCAGGGACACUCUUCAACAAAUCAAUGAAAGCCAGGAAGGAACUAGCCCGGAUUGUAGCCAAAAUCAUCUCCACCAGGAGGCAAAUGAAGCUCGAUCGCAACGACCUCCUUGAAUCCUUCAUGGGUGACAAAGAGGGCCUCACUGAUGAACAGAUAGCAGACAACAUCAUUGGUGUCAUAUUCGCUGCCCGGGACACCACCGCCAGUGUAUUGACUUGGAUCCUAAAAUACCUUAGUGAAAACCCGACCGUUCUUCAAGUUGUCACGGAAGAGCAAGAGGCCAUAAUGAGAAGUAAAGAUAAGUGUGGUGAGGAGAAGGCUCUGACUUGGGCAGAUACCAGGAAGAUGCCGAUAACUUCAAGGGUAAUUCAUGAGACAAUGAGGGUUGCUUCAAUUCUAUCGUUUACUUUCAGGGAAGCAGUGGAGGAUGUUGAAUAUGAAGGGUAUCUUAUACCAAAAGGGUGGAAAGUUUUACCACUUUUCAGAAAUAUUCAUCACAGCCAAGAAAUCUUCCCGGAUCCUGAAAAGUUUGAUCCAUCAAGAUUUGAGGUGGCACCAAAGCCCAAUACAUUUAUGCCAUUUGGCAAUGGCAUCCAUUCAUGUCCUGGGAAUGAGUUAGCCAAGCUGGAGAUGUUGGUGCUUCUCCAUCAUCUGACCACAAAGUACAGGUGGUCUACGGUGGGUGCAAACAGUGGGAUUCAGUAUGGCCCCUUUGCUCUUCCCCAGAAUGGCUUGCCCAUCAGAUUAAGCAAGAAGUCUCAGACCCAAAAAUGAAAAUAAGGCCCCAUCCUCAGAGAAACAGAAAACUUUCUAAUAAUAAGCAUUAAAGAUUUGAGAGGAAGAAGGUCAAAAAAUAAAUAAAUAAAUGAAGACCAUUGUUGUUCACCAAGAAGAGAAAAUGCCUUUUUGGGCCAUGAAACACCCAGAGGAAGGUAGAAGGAAGUAAGAAGAUUAAUUAGAUUAUUACAUAAAAGGGAACCUCAAUCUCAAUUGUAUAAAGAAUCUUCCUAAAACAAAAAGGAAAAAAGAGGACAAACUGCCAGCAAAAUUGUGCUCAUUCUUUUCCUUCCAAAUCAUGAAGGAAAGGAAAACAAGAGAGAGGAAAAAACUAUUCAAGCAGUGGGAUAUGUAUGUAGCAUAUUAAGUGUGUUUACCCCAUAUCUGGGUAAUUUUUGUUAUUUCUUUUAGUAAUGAAGUCCGCAAGGCAACAACGAAAAAAAAGUAUCAAUGAUUUU